AUGGCUCAGAGUCAGGACAAUGUUCUGAGGAUCGUGCUGGUGGGGAAGACCGGAGCUGGGAAAAGCGCCACAGCAAACACGCUCCUGGGGAGAGAAGUAUUUGAGUCUAAAUUUGCUGCGCAGGCUGUGACCAAAGGGUGCCAGGCAGCGUCCCGGGAAUGGCAGGGGAGGAUACUUCUCGUGGUCGACACCCCCGGGCUCUUUGACACCAAGAAGGACCUGCACAUCACCUGCAGGGAGGUCAGCCAGUGUGUCCUGCUCUCGGCCCCGGGGCCCCACGCCGUCGUCUUGGUGAUGUCGCUGGAACGCCACACGGAAGAGGAAGAGCAAACCGUGGCGCUGAUCAAGGCCACCUUCGGGGAGUCUGUCAUGAGGCACAUGGUCAUCUUGUUCACAGGCAAGGAUGAAUUGGGGGGCCGCAGCCUGAGUGAGUUUAUAGCACAAGCACCGAUGACCCUCAGAAGCACCAUCAGGGAGGCGGGGGACCGCUACUGCGCCUUCAACAACAAGGCGGGGGAGGCCGAGAAGGAGGCUCAGGUGCAGGAGCUCGUGGGGCUGGUGGAGAAGCUGGUGCGGAGCAACGGGGGGGCCUGCUACUCUGGCCCCUUCGACAGGGAGGGAGAGAAAAGGCGCAGACAGCGGCAGGAGGACGGGAAGUGGGACGAAGAGGAAGAUGAUGAAUUGCAGGAUUUAAAAAGGCAAAAAGCAGAGCUGACGAGGCAGCAUGAAGAGCGAAUGAGAGCUAUAAAGAAAAGAGGGCUGGUCAUUGUGCUUGGCAUCGUGGUGAUAGUGGUCGGGAGCCUGCUGGCCAGCCUAUGGCAGAGGAUCUGGAAGUGGACGCACAGUGCAGGUGGGGUCACUGGGGGUCGUGAUCGCUCAGGCCUCCGCACCCUGCAGCGCCCCAAUGCCGUCUCCACCCCUCCUGUGCACCCCCCUCCCCGCCCCCUGCGCACCCCUGUCUACCGCGACAUGGCGGCGGACUCCGCGAAGGACGUAGCACAGACAGCUCGUGGCCGCGGCCUCCUGCUCGUGUCUCAGACACAGGAGGAGGCGGUGAAGCGAGGGGAGGAGCUGGCCACGGCUGCGCUGGACGCCUGCCCGCUAGCGCAUCACGGCGACCUCAGAGAAGCUCUGCGCGGGGUGUCCGGUGGCCCCGGGGCCACGGGAGGGAGCAACGAGGGCAACUUCCACGCCAGCGCCUCCAGCCUCCUGCCCAUCCAGGCCAGCGGGCCCAGGGCCAGCUGGAUCCUGCCUCUAGAUACCCUCAGUCCCCCGGGGCUUUCUGCCCGCCUGACCGCGGGGAGGGCUCUCUGCUGCCACCUGCUGGCCAUCGCCGGCAGUGAAGCCCAGAGAGGCGGACCAGGGCUGGAGUUGCGCCCGCUGGCGCCCGAGCUGGGUGAGACUGCACCGGCCCAAAGCGAGCAGGGCCGGCGGCUCAACGAGCUGUGGGGACGCGGAGGGCGGGGUGGGGGCAAGAACCGCGAGGAUGGCGGCGGGCAGGCGGGGCUUGUCGGAGCUGGGCCGACAACCGCAGGGGACACUGAGACCAGCCGGGCGCUCCCGCUGCAGGCCGGGGCCUCGCCCACCGCGGACCCUAGCCGAGGACUCUGCCCCAGACCGGUGGAGAACGCAUGUAACUCGAAGCCCAAAGCCCGAGGAGUCCUGCACAGGGCGGGUCAGCACUACCGGCGGGACGAGUCUGCCCGCACCCGCGGGGAGGGAGCGCACGCGCGGAUCAGGGCUCUGUCGCGCCACCUGGCGGGGGCUCCGGGCACCGCGCCCGCAGGCCGGGCGCACCUGCCUGCCCUGCAGGGCGACCGCUCGCUCCCGGAGCCCCAACUCCGCAGGGGAGAGAAGCUGAAGGCCACCGGCCUCUUGCAGCUGGGCCAAACGCCCAGGACCAGCCAGCUGCUGCGCCGCGGGCGUCAGGACCCCUCGAGAGCCGAGCGCCCUCUGGGGCCACGGCCCAGGCAGGGGGCCUGA